AUGGCGGAGCCGCCGCCCGGAGCCGCCGCACCGCGGGGCCGCGGCCGGGCCUGGGAGCGCGGCGGCUCCGCGCAGGACGGCGAUGACGGCGCGGAGUCCUCCCGCCCUGCUCACAACGGUUCGGGCGCGGAGCCCCUCGGUCCCGCUGUGAACAGUCCGGGCGCGGAUGCCGCCGGUCCCGCUGAGGACGGGCCGGGCACGGAGCCCUUCGGUCCCGCUGAGGACGGGCCGGGCACGGAGCCCCCCGGCUCCGCUCACAACGGUUCGGGCACGGAGGCUCCCGGCCCUCGGGAAGACGCGGAGCCGCCCGGCCCGCGGGAGGACUGGGCUCUCCCGGCGGGGCCGGAGCCGUCGCUGGUACCGCCGGAGCUCCGCGCGCGGCUGCUGGACCGGCGGGACUACCGCGGCCGUGCUCAGGCCGUGGAGCAGCUGCGGCGGGCGGUGGAGAGCUGCAGCCCCGCCGCGCUGGGCGCCGCGCCCGCCGCCGCGCUGCUGGGGCUGAUCGCGCUGCUGGACGCGCUGCUGCACGACCCCAACUUCGCGGUGGCUCGGGGGGCGCUGGAGGUGACCCGGCUGCUGGCGCUGCGCCUCGGCCGCCGCGUCCCGGCCGUGCUGGCCCCGCUGGUGCGCGCGGCCGCCCGGGCUCUCGGGGACGCGCAGCCGGCCAUGCGGCGGGACAGCGGGCGGCUGCUGCUGCGGCUGAUGGAGGCGGCCGGGCCGCGGCCCGUGCUGCGCCUGCUGCUGCAGGAGCGCCUGCUGCGGCACCGCAGCGCCCGGCUCCGCGAGGAGCUGCUCAACGCGUGCAUCGCCGCGCUGCUCACCUACCCCGCCGGCGAGCUGGACCUGCCCCGGCUGGCGGCCGCCCUGGCUCCGGCGCUGCUGGACGCCAAGCGCAGGGUCCGGCACGCUGCCAUGGAGGCGUUCGCCGCGCUGGCCUCGGCGCUGGGCCCCGGCGGCACCGGAGCGCUGCUCCGCGCCCUGGACGCCGUGGAGCUGCGGGCCGGCGGCGCGGGGGUCGUGCACGCCGUGCAGGCUCGGCUGGCCAGGAAGGUGCUGCCCAGGCUGGGCGAGCAGGGACUCGUGGAGUACGGCGUGCCCUCGUUGCCCUCCUCCGGACAAUGCCGAGGGUCGUGCCCGCCUCCCGGAGCCGACACCGAGUGGCUGCUGAUGGGCGGCAGGAGCCGGAGCGCGCACGGGAGCUGCGGGCACCUCGCCUGCCGCGACGCGCUGCACGGACCGGCUUGUGCCCAGCGGGGACUGAGCCCCAGGAGAGUCCUGAGCGCUGGCAGAGGCAAAAACAAGCUGCCCUGGGAGAACGAGCUGGCUGCGGACAGGGAAGGUGGCUCGGGAGUGAGGGUGCCUGUCGCGAAGGGUGUGGAGCAGGUACGCCCUCUCCAGGGAAUCCCAGGCAGUGCAGAUUUGUUUUCCAGCAGGAGCAAAGCUCCCAGGACUUUGCUUGAGCUGAACUCGGAGCAUUCUGCCCUUGCUGCUGGUGCUCUGGGCUCUCAUCAGCCCCAGAUCUCAGGGAGAUGUGGGACACUUGGACACCCACAGGCACGUGGGAAGAGUGGCAGUGUGGGCUCUGAUUUGCAGUUUUUGGGAUUAAAUAAUUGUCAGCAGGACAAAGUUUGUUCCAGCCUCAGUUUUUCCAGCAAGACCCAGAGAAGUUUUUGCACUCAGGCAGAACCCAUCAUGUCCUUCCAAGGUCCCAGUUCCAGCCAGGGCACCUUCAUCCUGCCCUCCUUCCCCUUGUCAUCCCCCAGGAACAGCCCCAAGCACCUCUCCUCUCCUGCUGCCUCUCCAGGGAAGUCCCAGGAGGAUCCCAGGAGCCUUUCCAGCUCCUGGCCUCUCAAAAGCUUCGAGGGGCUGCCUAAGCCUGGCUGCCAGAAGCAGCUGCUCAGCCAAAAGCUAGGAGACAACACAGGUGGGAAUCCCCCCCUGCAGCUGGAGAAGUCCUCUCUACAGCUAGACAAGCCCCCCCUGCAGCUGGAGAAGCCCCCCCUGCAGCUGAGGGCUGCCCUGGGCAGAGCCCCGGGGGUGCUGCGGGGGUCCCGGCCCGUGCCCCCCAUCCCACGCCUGCCCAGCCCCCGGGAGCCCCCUGGCAGCAGGGAGGGCACGGAGCUGGCAGCGGGGCUGGCCCAGCUGCACCUGGAGCCUGAGGACCAAGAAGAGAUGCAGAAUUCCCUGAGGUCCCUUCGGAACAGCGCAGCCAAGAAGAGGGCAAAGCUGAGCAGCAGCAUCGCCGACCCGGAGAGCUCCGCCUGUGGCCUGAAACUCGAAUUCUCCCGGGACUGCCCCUCCCAGGGCUCCUGCACCGGCCAGAGUUCCAUUUCCAGCCGGCAGCCCCCGGGCUCCCCCGGGGCCACGCUGCCCCCCAGGAGGAGAGUGAUGUCAGAUACUUUUCCAGCACUUGGCAGCAAAUCCCACCCUGCAAAAGUAUCUGCAGCAAGGCCCAGAGACACAGAGGGGGCAGAGCAUCACCCCAGCACAGGCCCUGCAGAGUCAGUGCCUGGUUUUGCACCGAAGAACGAUCUGGGUUUCACAUCUGAAGAUGUUGUUGUUGUUGUUGGCAGAGGUGUUUUUGGGAGCCCUCCUGCCCCAGCUCCCAGCCAGUCCAUGCCCUGUGUGGCCAAUGGCGAUGCCCAGGCUGCCAGGGAGGGAGCUGAGCCAGCCCCAGGGAGAAGCUUCCAGCAGAGCAGCACUUCCCAUUCCCACUGCCAUGCAGGGAAUGAAGGACAGAUAAAAGUGACCUUGUCAAAAUCUGCUCAGGAGAAGCUGAGGAGGAAGAGGAAAGAAGACAAAGAACACAACCAUAAAGAGCAGCAGGAAGGGAAAACCUUGGAAGGGAAGGAAGAAUUCCCUUGGGAAAGGAUAAGACUGAGUAUGAGUGAACCAGAGAAACUCACAGCAGAAAGGUUUAAUCUCUGUGGGGAUUUAUUGACAUCACCAAGAAAUGGAUCUUUGUCCUUAGAAAACGUGGCCUUGAACCCUUCCCUGAGAAGAACAUCCAGUUUGAAGAGGUCAAAGUGUUCAUCUUUGCUAGAUUCUGAGGUGACACAGAGCCCCGAGGUGCUGGACCCUGGUGAGCUGCAGCCCUUCCCCAGGCCUGACUCAGCACUGGCAGAGGCACUGGCACUGCUGGCUGACCACGACUGGGAGAAGAAAAUUGAAGGUCUGAACUUUGUCAGGUGCUUGUCUGCCUACCAUGCCCCUAUUCUGACUGCAAAGCUCCAUGAAACAACUCUGGCUGUGGCUCAAGAGGUCAAGAAUUUACGCUCAGGUGUUUCUCGAGCUGCUGUGGUCUGUUUAGGGGAUUUGUUCACCCACCUGAAAAAGAGCAUGGAUCAAGAACUAGAUAAUGCAGUAAAAGUCCUUUUGCACAAAGCUGGGGAAUCCAACACUUUUAUAAGGGAAGAGGUAGACAAGGCACUGAAGGCCAUGGUUAAUAAUGUGACUCCAGCACGUGCACUUUGUUCUCUUAUAAAUGGAGGGCAAAGCCACCUGCACUCAGCCGUGAGGAGAUGCACAGCCCAGCACCUGGGGAACAUCGUGGAGCGCUUGGGCCCCGAGCGCGUCCUGGCCGGAGCCAAGCCCGUGGCUGAGCGGCUGCUCCCGGCCACAGCCAGGUUUGUCCAGGACAGCUCCCAGCAGACACGGUACUACGGGAGGAGGAUGCUCUUCAGCAUGUUGGCUCACCCUGACUUGGAUAAAAUGCUGGAGAAGUUUGUGCCAGCCAAGGAUUUGCCUUACAUUAAGGAAACUGUUGGCAGCCUACGAGAGAAGGGCCUGGGGGAGAUGCCCUUGGAUACACCCUCAGCCAAAGGAAGGCGUUCCCAGACUGGAAAUGUUGGACAUUUGAGGUCGUCCUCUACUUGCAGAGAUGCUCCCAUCAUCCCAGACAGGGACAGCACAGAGGUCCACGAAGCCCCCAGGAGAGCAGCUGCCCUGGACAGUGAGGAGUAUGUCAGGGACAUUGUGGGUUUACUGAAUGCCAAAGAUUUCCGGGAGCGCAUCAGCGGCGUCCGGCAGCUGCAGCUGGACACGGAGAGCAGCCCAGCCCUGGUGCUCAACAACAUCAUCAGGAUCUUUGAUGCUUUCAAGCCUCGCUUGCACGACUCCAACAGCAAAGUGAACCAGGUGGCUUUGGAGGCCCUGCACAAGAUGAUUCCACUGCUCAAAGACAAUCUAUCACCUGUGAUCAACAUAUUAAUUCCUGCCAUAGUGGACAACAACCUUAAUUCCAAAAAUCCAGGGAUUUAUGCAGCUGCCACAAACGUUAUCCAGGCUCUAUGUGAACACUUAGACACCUCCCUGCUCCUGCAGCCAUUCUGCACAAAAGCCCAGUUCCUGAGUGGGAAAGCAAAGCAGGACCUGACAGAAAAGCUGGCUGAGCUGGUGCCAGAGCUGUACCCACGGAAGCCCUGUGCUGUGGAGCAGAAGGUGCUGCCCGUGCUGUGGCACCUGCUGGGCAGCUCGGCCGGCGGCUCCGUGCCCACGGCCGCCUUAGCCCAGGCCCUGUGGGCACAGAUGGGCCCUGGGCUGCUGGCCCACGCCGCGGGCCAGCCCCCACACAUCAGGAAGAGCCUGGAGGAGCUUUUGGAGACCGGAAUGUAAAAUGGCCAUGCUGCAGAGGCUCCAGCCCAGGACCUAUCCCUGGAUUGCUCAUGAAGAACCACACGGCCACAUCAGCACCGUGCUUUACAUGGAAAAGUGGAAGAGAAUCCUGGACACAGUGAUGCAGUGCUCCUUGUGAAAAACACGUAUUUUUGUACCCUCAGAGGCAUUGGUGCAGUAUUUGUU